CUCAGGAGCCCAGGAUAGAUCUCCCUGCUUGGUCUUGCAUCUUCCUUUCAUAUCCGUGAAAUGGACGUAAGGAAUUCCCAUGAAAAUGCCGCGAAGAUCGUUGAAGAACGCAUCAAUGCAUUCGUGCGAGGCGUGUCUGCGUCCCCAACUCACGAUUGGUCGAACGUGGAUAAGAUCUCACAGCGAUUAGCAACGGACGCAGGCAUGAGAUCAGACAUGACCCAAUACCAUUUACAAAUAUGGCAACCUCUCCGUCAUUUCUGGCAACUUCUAGCCGCGGAGGAAGUUGGACGCGACGUCGACGAUGACCGGCCCUGGGACGCGAUACUGUCUGUGGCGAGACUGACACGCAACCUAAUUGCGGCCGUUUCCGAAAAUCAGAAGCUGGCAUAUGAAUAUGAACCAGCAAUACGAGAGCUCCUGUUCCAAUACACCACGUUCACUCUCGCGAAGGACGCAGAUUCAUAUCCUGCCGUCCGAAUGCUCGUCCAAACGAUCUCGAAUAUCAUCACCAGCAACGACGAACUGUCCGCGAAACUGUGGAUCACCUACAUGUCGCUCCCUCAUGAGAAAAGCAUAGUAUUGCGUUUGCUCACCCACCCGGAUACCCGAACUCGGGAGUCGUGCAUGGUGCUGGUCCUGAACUGCAUCAGCGGCAGCGAGGCGAGGAUCCAGUCUCUUAUUGAGACGUCCUCUGGCGUUCGUAUAUGCGUUACAUUGCUGGACCAAAUCGCCGCGGCCUCUGAUUCUGACGACGGCGAAGAGUCGAGGAUCUUCGACAUCGGUUACACAAUUCUCUCGCAGGUGAUAGCCGCAGGUCUUUUCCCCUCGUUAUACGUCUCGUGCUCCGUAGCAGGCGAGACAGUCUCGCCGCACCAAGCCGUCCUCCUGAAACUCCUCGACUCGUACCUACACGCCAAUCAGAGCUCCAAGACGCCGACUAUACACGCCGACGCCUGCGAUUCUCUACUCGCCAUUUUCGACAAGCUCGGCGUCGCGGCACGGGCGUCCAUUACUCGGUCUCUCGGAGCCGUGGCAGAGAGCGCUGGCGAUGCCGAGCUGAAGGGAGUGGACCUCGACCUGCCCAAGGUCUGCGAGGCGCUCGUACUCGCCACGCAAUGCUUGACCACGAUCGUACUCGCAUGGGAAGACGGUCAAAUCCCCAGCAGGGCGUUUAACCCAAGAAAGCUCUUAGAGGAGGCCAGAAACAAAGCGAACGAAGGAUUCGCCGAAGGUCUCGUAGACCUCUUGCGGCAGCUGGAUAGGUUCAUUCCUAAGCUCCAGUUUGGUAAACCCAUAGGCGCGGCGCCUAACGCCAACGCGACCGCCGCCAGUACCGGUGAAGUCGGCUUCUUCUACCUGAAGCGUGACCUUGUACGGUUACUCGGCGUACUUGCGUGGUCAAGUAGAUCGAUCCAGGAUCGCGUCAGGGCCUGCGAUGGUAUCCCCGUGGUCAUGAACCUCUGUGUCGUGGACGAACGCAAUCCAUUCAUGAGAGAGCACGCAUUAUUUGCCCUACGGAAUUUGCUGCAUAGUAACGAGCAAAACCAGGCGAUAGUAGACCAGAUACGGCCGUCAGCGAAGUGGGAUGAGGACGGCGUCCUAAGGGAGACGGCAGGAACUGUUUGGCGAUGAUCCCUACUUCUCUCGUAGUUCAAAUAUGUGAAUGUAUACGAAAAGCGAAGAUAUA